AAUUCUUUUAUUCACCUCCCUUGCUAACCCUAAGAAAUUAAACAAGUUUGCCUCAUUAACUUUUAAAUGUUACCUCCAACCCUCCUCCAUCAUAUCAUACUCAUUUUCCUCCACUUUCUCACAUUAUUAUCAACAAAUGCAAGCUCACCCCAAAAAAUCAAAUCAACCUCUCUUGCUCCUGCCUUGUUUGUGUUUGGAGAUUCUUUGGUUGAUAAUGGCAAUAACAACUUGUUGCCGACCAUAGCUAGAGCUAAUUACUCUCCUUAUGGCCUCGAUUUUCCUACUAAAGUCCUUCCCGGAAGAUUUACCAAUGGUAGAACUCCUGCUGAUUUUAUAGCGGAGUAUCUUGAAUUACCUUAUCCUCCGCCAUAUGCAAGUCUAUAUAGGCCAAAUUUGCUAACAGGGUACAAUUAUGCGUCGGGUGCAAGUGGCAUUCUACCAGAAACUGGAUCUCUUUUUGGAAAAUGCUUCAAUUUGGAUGAACAAAUUGGGAUGUUUCAAAGUACAAUUGAAUCACAAUUAGGCCCAUAUUUCAAAGAACAAAAACAGCUUAAGCAACAUUUGUCCAAAUCAAUAUAUUUUCUCUCAGUAGGGAACAAUGAUUAUCUUAACAAUUAUUUACACCCUCUUUAUCUUGAAAGCAAGGUUUAUGACCCCCCUCAUUUUGCUCACUUUCUCAUCGAUGAAUUAUCACUAAGACUACAGAGGCUAUAUGGUCUAGGGGCGAGGAAAUUCUUGGUGUCUGAGGUGGGUCCAAUUGGUUGCAUUCCCAUAUUUGCAAGGGGCGUGACAACUAACCUGAACCAUAAGCACGGCACGAAGUGUGAUGACGGUGCAAAUAACAUUCUGUUACUAUUCAACAAACAGUUAAUAGAAAUGAUCAAAAUUUUGGAAACAACUCUCCAAGACUCACACUUCAUUCUUCUGCAAACGUACUCGUUUAGCUACGACGCCAUUAUGAAUCCGGCUAAAUAUGGGUUAAGUGAUAGUAGCAAUCCAUGUUGCAAAACAUGGUUAAAUGGAACCUCGUCAUGCAUCCCAGAAGAAGCACCAUGUCAAAACCCGAAUAACCACUACUUUUGGGAUGGUUAUCAUCCUACUGAACUUGUCUACUCUCGUCUAUCAGCUCAGUGCAUCCAUGGCUCUUCUCUUUGCGUUCCUUUGAAUCUCAGCCACCUUGUUCAACUCUAGAUAUCAUGCGUAGGCCUGGUUAUUGGGCGGGUCAGGUAAUAAAGGGUCAAUUUUAGACGGUCGAUAGUUGGUGGGUCAAAAACCGAACAAGGAAAAUGGAAAAAAAGAGUCGUAUGUGAAUACAAGUUAAUACAAAGCUAUCAAUAAUUUUUGAAACCAUAACUAUUUACUUUUGAAAAUUAUUGUGUUAUAACUUCGGCCCAAUUAUCUCACAUGAAAACAAUAGAAAAACAUUGACUAAUAUAUAAGAUUGGUGGAUUACGCUACAUAUCACCGAUUAGUUUUAAGAGGAAAACCGUAUCAGAUUUAUGUAUUAUCAAUCUCAUUUAUGUAUGGGCAUGUACGUGGCCCAGUAAAUUUAUCACAAAAUUAUCUAUUUUACCUUCC